UUAAUCCACGCGGUGAGUUGAGUUCUACCAAUAAAAAUCCCCGGGAGACUGAGCCAACUCGACGACCUUUACUUUUCUCUCUCUCGACUAACAACUAUGGUGGCCCUGCCUGAAUCUUCCUGAAUUUCUCUCUCAUCAAAAUCUUCUCUUUUGCUCGUGUUAGGGUUUUUGCUGCUUCAUUUUUCUUCUCCUCUUUGUUUCCAGACCAUGGCAUCGCUGUCGUUGAACUCCCUGCCCUUGGGAUUUAGAUUCCGACCCACCGACGUGGAGCUGGUUCAUUACUAUUUGCGCUUGAAGAUCAAUGGUAACAAUGAUGAUGUCUGCGUUAUUCGCGAGAUUGAUGUUUGUAAAUGGGAGCCCUGGGACUUACCUGAUUUAUCGGUGAUCAAAACCAGAGACCUGGAGUGGUUCUUCUUCUGCCCGCUGGACAGAAAGUACCCAAAUGGUAGCAGAUUGAACAGGGCAACGGAGGCUGGUUACUGGAAGGCUACUGGCAAGGAUCGCAAAAUUAAGUCCGGAGCCAACCUGAUAGGCAUGAAGAAAACUCUGGUCUUUUAUACUGGUAGAGCUCCGAAGGGGAAAAGGACCAACUGGGUUAUGCACGAGUACCGCGCAACGGAGGAUGACCUUGAUGGCAGCAGGCCUGGCCAGACUGCUUUUGUUCUUUUAAAAUUAUUCAAGAAACAAGAUGAGAACCUUGAAGGUUCAAACUGUGAUGAAACUGAACCCAGUAAUUUAUCACCUACAGUUGUUAAACCAUCCCUGGAAGAUCUGCAGUCUGAGUUAGAAUUGCCCCAAGUGUCUCCAUCUUUGGAAAGGCAAGAGGAAAAGCCUUCUAGGAAUGCUGAAUCGUGUUUUGCUGAUUUCUCUGACGGAACAACUUCAUGCACUCAAGUGCUUGCCGAGUGUCACAGCACCAAUUCUAAUGUUUGCAAUGUGGAAGACCAAGCAGCCGAAGUGACAGGUUCAGAUGUGGAUGCUCAGCUGGAAGCAAAUCUGAAUUUGUUCUAUGACCCAUUGUUGGAGCCCCUGGACUACAAUCUUUUUUCGCCGCUGCAUUCACAGAUGCAAUCAGAGUUGGGAUCUUCUUGUAUGCUUUACCCCAAUGACACUGCGGUGAGUGACAGUAAGGGAAUGGAGUUUCAGUAUGGUUCAAAUGAGUCAGAUGCCUAUAUCUCAGAGUUUUUAGACUCUGUCAUUAAAGAUUCUGAAGAGUAUUCCUAUAACUUAUCCGCCGGACCAAUGAAUUCAACUAUUGAAAGUGAGACCACAAAUAACAUGGGCUCUGUUAAGGACAGUGGAUCAUGCAGCGAGUCAGAUGCGGAAGUGGCCCAAGAACAAGUUCUUUCUGUUCACGAGCUUGAAUCAGAGUAUCCCAAUACUUGGGAAUAUGCUGCAAUGACGAGCAGCAACUUCCUGAUGGAAACAACUCACAAAGAGCAAACAAACCCGAGCAUAUUACAAAAUGAAUAUGCAAAGCAUUACUAUCCCUUGUCUGGUUUUGCUCCAGUCCAAAGUUCAAAUUCAUUCAGUACUUACCAGGAAUUAGGCAAUCCUAAGAAUGCAAAUGGCUAUAGUGAUAUCUCUGGCACUGGAAUUAGGAUUAGAUCUCGCCAGAUUCAAAGUCAGCCGUAUACAGAGAACCCUGUGAUUCAAGGGAGUGCACCACGAAGAUUACGUCUGCAGACUAGUGUUCGAGGUCAGAUCACAAAGACAGGACAUAAUCAUGGGAGGAAACCAAUUGAUAAAGAGGAGAAGACUGUACCAGAAGAGCAGAAUGCAUCCAUACAGGAGGACUCCUGGGAAAACAUCGAAAGACAUCAAGAGCUACAUGCAGGCAUGUCGCAAAAGACAAUCCCAAAAUCUAGGGAGCUUGUUUUCGCUUACAAACAGGUCAGGUCCAUCGUCUCGAAGGCUCCGUUGUCUAGCCGGACCAAAAUUUGGUGUUAUACCACAAUGCUUAGAGUGGCCGUGGUUGCGGUUGUGUUUUUGAUGUCAGUUUUCACGUGGAGAUUUCUGAAAGUUGAAAGCUAAUGAGUGAAAUUGUUGUUUGUAUAUAUAUAUAUAUAUAUAUAUAUAUAUAUAUAAACUGCAUCGUAUUAUUUUUGAAAAUGACAUACAUAUAUAGUUAGACGUACAGUUUUGCUAGAUGUAUUUAUAUUAUAUAAUCUAAUGUUGUACAGUACUCUUCCGACU